CGGAAGCCAGAGACGGGCGGAGCCAGGUCAAUGAGGCCGGUGGUCUCGCUUAGGGAGCAGGGCGGCGGUGGCGUGGAGGAUGAAGGGAGACGCUUCGUGGUGCUUGGUGCUCGUGGCGGGGCUGCUCCCUGGGCUUUCAGGGCUGAGGCUUCUCCUCAGCGCCCCGCCACUUUUCAACUGUUCCCAGCCGGGUUUACGCUGCCUUGUGCGAAACAGUUACUGUGUGGAUGAGAGCUGGCUCCUUUCUUGGAAAUGGACUCCUUCAGCCCCAAGUUCUGUUGACGUAUUUAUUGAUACAUUUUUUACUGAAGAUGGGAAAUUGGUCCCUGUGCUGAAGAUAGAGUGGAAAGUGGCUACUGAUGCAAGCAUCAUAUACCUCAGAGGAGCAGAAUUGGCUGUAGUACAAUUAAGCAAUAACCAGCAGAUUUGUGCUCAAUUUGACUUUCAAAAUAACUUGACGUUCCAAGUCCGUCCAGACAAUGGGGGCCGGUGGAAUUUCUCCUUCAACCGUUUUGAGGUACAACCAGGCCAAAUGUACCAAGUAACUGUCUAUCAUUUGCCCAAAUUAAGUACUCCAGGGGACUAUAACAGGAGAUCAAAGCCAUUCACAGUACCAAAUUGCACACAUCCUACUAUGAAAAAAACAGAACCGUGUCUGCAAAUAGGGAGUUUGUGGGAACCCAGAAUUAAUGGAACAAGUCUAGAUGAUCAUUCUGUGUUGGUGAGCUUUGACCCUGCAGAAAUACCGGCCACCUACAUUAUCCAUGUAAUCAGUGUUCGGGAAGAUGAAAAAGAGUGCAAGAAGGCCACAGAAAGCAUUUCAGAGCAGGGUCUGCAGCAUCGCCUUAAUGUAACGGUCAAGCUGGAAAGGAACUUGAAGAUUUGUUGCAAAUACAAAGUGGAGAUCCAACCACUCUUCCCUGCCUGUGCUACAGACUGUCCGAGGCGCUCAUUUUUAAUCCAAUGUCCUUCUGCUGAUGCCUUAAGUCUUCCUAAUCAAUCCAGAAUGAAUGAUACAUUUUCAGUGGGGCUACCUUGGAUCCACACUAUCAUCUGCAUUUUGUUAAUUUCUUCAGCUAUUGGUUCUGCAAUCUACCUUACCCGAAGACAAAAAGCAUUAAAUUCUGCAGCAAAAAACUGUGAUUUUGAACUCCAAGAUACCCUUUUGACUUCCCCUAUGUUACAACCUCCUCCACCCCUCAAGCCACGUACAGUUUGGAUUGUGUAUUCUGCUGAUCACAAGCUCUAUGUAGACAUUGUGUUGAAAUUUGCACAGUUCAUGAUCACCGUGUGUGGCACAGAGGUCAUCCUAGACCUGCUAGAUGAACAGCAGAUAUCUGAGAUGGGAGCAGUGUGCUGGCUUACUCGGCAGAAACAGAAAAUGGAAGCGCUGUCUUCAAAGAUCAUCAUCUUGUGUUCCCGAGGUACUCAAGCCAAGUGGCAGGCUAUGCUUGGGCACCAGGAAUCCAGUGUACAUCUGAAGCAAGAUAAUCUGCUGCCAACAGGGGACAUGUUCACUCCAGCACUGAAUCUGAUUUUACCAGACUUUAAGCAGCCAGCUUGCUUUGGACUGUAUUUAAUCUGCUACUUUGAGGGCAUAAGCAACGAGAGUGACAUCCCAGACCCAUUCCAUGUCACCUCUAAAUAUCAGCUGAUGGAUAAGUUUGAGGAAAUUUACUUCCUAAUCCAGGAUCUUGAAAAAUUUGAGCCAGGGCGAAUGCAUCAGAUUCCAGCCAUCUCGCCUGGAAAGUACACUGAAAGCCCCUGUGGCAAACAGCUGAAGGAGGCUUUGCAGAAAUUCCAGACAUGGCAGGCUGAGCAUCCAGAUUGGUUUAAAAAUGAACGGGUCUGCGGGGAGGAUGAAGAUGAUCUACAAUCUCUGAGUGGGGAACUCACUGAAGAAUUAAUAUUCCCCGGGAAAGGAAUUCUUAAGAAGCAACUGCUUCCAAAGGAACCUGACCCCAGUAGCUCUUGCUUAGUCAAUCUUCUGGUUAAUGAAGAUGACUUGGGAGCAUAUAAAUUGACACCUCAGCAUCUGUCCGAAGAAGAUUUAGCAUUCCAGACUCUGGUCAUUCCUGCUGAGGCACCUUCUGUUCAGGUGGUCAAUCCAACUGCCCUUGCAGAAGAAAAUGAGAUACUCAGUCAUAAACUGUUGACCAAUGAAGAUUGGCUAGAAAGUGUGCCUAUGAUAGAAGCUAACGUCCCAAGAAGAAAUGAUGUCAUUCUUCAAGGGGAUUUAUCCUCAGAUCCCCAAGCCUUGCCAGCUGACGUGAGGCAACAACUGGAGGGAUUGAUGUAUUCCCUCUAUCAACAAAGCGUCAUCCCCUCUGAUAUGCCCCUUUGCCAAGAGGAGGUUAAUGAGCAGCAACAGCUGUUGUUUGAUGAGGCUUCCAAAGUUCAGAGACAGUCGGUACAGUCAGAUCAGGGUUAUAUCUCCAGAUGUUCUUCUUUGCCAUCUGAUAGCCCUGUUGAACUGAGGGAAGAAGAGAACCAAGAACAGGAAGGAUAUUGGUCUGCUGGGCAUCUCACUGCAGAUGUCUUAAGUAGUCUAAAAAGUCUUCAGCAGCAGUUGCUUUUCCAGGAUAUCCAAAAAAACUGUAGCUAAGGUCACUUGGGAGAGAAAAGGGAGAAUUGGUUCUGUUUUGGAAACAACUAGGCAACCUGUGACUGAUGGGGUCAUUCUUCUUUCCUGUAUGUAAUGUAGACCUGCAUUGUUUCCCCUCCCCGUGUGACCUUUGAGAGCCCUGGUGAAUUUCCUCCCUCCUUUUCCUCAGCUGAUUCGUGGAACUGCCUAUCACUUUGUUAGGGGGAGGGAGAACAAAAAGAGGAAGAGGACUUAAGGACCCAACUAUCACUGGUACAUCCGAGCUAGUCUUACCCAGGCAUCCCAGUCACUCCUUUGUCCUUCCUCUUUCCAAAUAUAAGAUAGGCUUGCAUCUUUCCCCUCCAUUCACAGUCCUCAGAAGAACUCCUCCUCCUACCCUCAGCUGACCUGUGGAACUGCCUUCCACUUUGUUGUGGAGAGGGAGAACUAGGGGAGUCACGGACCACAAGGAAAACUGCACUCUGCUUCUCAUUCUGGCAUGUCCCCAGGGGGACGCUCACUUCAACCAACCCUAUGAUCCAAAUCCCUCCCUCAUUCUUCCCUUACUAGCCACUGCCGUUAAGAGAUUUAAAAUUUUGAUCCUGGUUUCAAAGCUGCCAGCGGUCACUUAUCUGUCAGGUCUUGCUACCAACCAAUUGGGCCAGGGGUGGGACCCUACCGGCAUAACAACCGGUUCACUGCGCGCGCAUGCGCAACCCUUGUAAAUCAACUUCUACAAGCAAUAACCACCUGCUGAUGCACGGCUGACUCAGCUGUGCUGCGCAAAGCAACCAAGGUUGCUUUAGCAGGGAAUAAAGGACAGCCUAGAGCCCAGGCGGGCGGGUGGGCCCAACCAAAGAAAAGAUCUUUAGAGCGAACCGGUUCGGUGUCAGCUGCUCUUCAGAGCUACUGGUUCUAUAGAACCGGGCCAAACCAGUAAAAUCCCACCUCUGAAUUGGGCGUAGGGGCCAGAGGGAGGUUGGAAAUAGGGUAGGUAUGUGCCCCUCGCAUCUUUCCUUGUGCCAUGCAACCUAUAGUUUCCUGGAAAGUAUAGUCAGGAAAGUAUGGCACUAAAACGUUGUCAAAUUUCAAUCCCACGGGAGCCAUGGAUCCCAGAUUUUGGAUGCAAACUGUAAGUUGGCCCAUUUUAAAGUAUGCUGAUUCAAUAGCUGUUGCUGUAUGAUGCACCAUUUUGUCCAAUUGAAGGCUAGAGAGUAUCAAACAGAAACAAGAGUUUUAGUAGUACUGUAUAUAAGUUAAUGCAGAGCUGUCAAACUCAUGUCGUCAUGGCAGCAUGAUGUACUGGGAUUUUUUUUCCCCCUUCGCUAAACUGGGCGUGGGUGUGGCCAGCACGUGACGCAUCCAGCGCGUGGGCAAGGAGUUUGACAGCCCUGAGCUAAUGGCUGUUUGUUGGAUUGUGCAGC